AUGUCUACUAUCCUGAACUACACGUUUCUUUUGGUUGACUUGACUGAUAAAGAAUACAGUGCGGAUCCAAAGAAGCCCACCAACGAUUCUGUGGAGGCAAGCAGGCCUUCUGCAAGCGCUGCCACUCGCUCUGCACGUCCCGACUUUGUGACCAAAGCAACAGGAGAAGAAGCUAGAAACUACGACUAUGCGGCUGCUAGGCUUCAAGCGGGACCUAUAAAAACCACCAAUUUCAUCGAAGCGGUGGGCAACCUGAUCAAGACAUGCCUGGGCGGCGGCGUGGUCGGGAUCCAUACGGCCUACAAGAGGUGCGGGCUAUUCACGGGGCUGUUGAUCAACAUCUUCGCCGGAAUGUUGCUUAUGCAUAGCAAGUAUAUCCUGGUGUCAUCAGCACAGCUCAUGUACGGACGGCUACAAAUGCCAAGUCUCACGUUUCCUGAACUCGCCGAGGCGUCGCUGAAGACGGGCCCAUUUCCAAAGCUAACUAAAUAUGGCCACAUCUUCAGGUACAUGGUUGACACAACCCUCUGCAUAAACAUCUUCGGCUCUUGUAGUGUGUACUCGGUCAUCGUAGCUCGUACUAUUAAGCAAAUUCUAGAAGAAGCUGACCUCGUAGGAGAAGCAAGCAUACGAAUUUACACUGCCUGUAUGCUCAUACCCUGUAUUCUUAUCGCCAUGAUCUUGAGUUUGAAGUAUUUGGCGCCAUUUUCUAUCGUGGCUAACAUAUUAUUGAUACUUUUGGCGUUCUCCACGGUAUACUAUGGAUCGAAAGCUGCCACCAAGUCCCCUACAGAGUUUCCACUUAUCAAGGACGCAGAGGGCUUCUUUGAGUUUCUCGGCGUCUGUGUAUUUAGCAUGGAAGGCAUGGGCAUGUCGCUUCCAAUCGAGAAUUAUAUGAAGGAACCGAAGAAAUUUCCUUUGGUGAUAUGCACGGGGAUGACAGCGGUGAUUAGCAUCGUAGGGUUAAUUGGAUUUUUCGGCUAUUGGGGUUAUGGCGAGGAGGCCCGUACUCCGAUCACCAUGAAUUUCCCAUGGGAAAUCUACCCGAUCAUAUUGAAAUCCAGUUUAGCUCUGGUUCUCUAUGUGACGUUUGCGCUCAAUUUUUGGGCCCCCUUCAACCUGGUGUGGUACUACAUCAAGGUGAAACACAACCCGGACAAGUAUUGGUGUAUCGAGCGGUUGUACAGAGCUUUAUUUGUGACCGCGCUUAUCUUGCUCGCCAUCGCAUUCCCGAAUAUCAACGCCUUUAUGGGUUUUAUCGGUUCCUUCGGCGUCGGCUUCUCAGCCUUCAUGUUCCCAUCGACCAUCGAGAUCGCAGUCAAGUGGCACGAGCCAGGCCUGGGCUGGCACAAGUGGCGGCUCUACAAGUUCAUCACGAUUUUCGCUUUCGGCGUGUUUCUAUGUCUACUGGGAGGCUACUGCAACGUCAAGAAUUUGCUGAAGGUCGAGGCGUAA